AUGACUAAUUGGAUGCGCCGUACUGGGUGGGAACACCUGCUCAAAGACGCCCGUCGCGAUAUCCUCGUAGCCAUGUCAGAUUUACCUGUAUUGACUGGUCGGCCGCUUCGCCUCGAAGUGCACGUAGAGGAGUCGCUUUUAAGCUCAGUCACAGUUAAGCAGCGGUUAGCAUUGAUUAUGGAUGCGACUGAUCGUCUAUUUGAUCGAUAUGGCGAUACUAUACGAAGCACUGAUAUCUGCGUGCGUAGAUGGCUCCGGGGUAGAUUUGCAGACCGUCUGUAUAAAGCGCCCUUCAAACUUAUCUCUAAAUCCAGCUCUAAGCAUAUAUAUCGGAAGGAGUUGAAGCGCUACUUGUGUUUCUGGCUUCAACUACUCCAGUUCCUACCCAGAACGGUCAAGGUUAUCCUAGGCCAAAGCUUAAGGAGAAGCCAACAUCAAGAGUUAGCGCGACUUUGGGAGGACCCUGCAUGGAGUGUAGAUCAAGAUACGUUAUUGACUAAUGUAUAUCUACCUUGCGACGAAUCUAUAUCAGACAAAAGUAGUAAUAAAGACCAAGACAAAGAUGAGGGUCAAGGGAGCGAGGAUGACUAUACUGAGUGGUCUAGGGAGGAAAUUCUUGAUUACUCCGACGGUUAUUCAUCCACGAGAAAUUCUCCAACACCACAUACAACUACUUCAGCGGAUCCUGCUGCGGAUAGCGACGGAGGGAGCGCUGAGGGUGGAGAAGAGGGAGAAGAAGACCCCGAUAAAGAGGCACUUAACGAGGCCGUCUUUAACUUCUGCAUCAAGUCAAUCAAGCAGAAGCUUGGGAGGAAGCAGUAUCACAACCCGCUGCUCCACUUUACGGCCGUACUGGGUAUUAAGGAGGAUGGCACGUGGGUUAGGGUUGGGAUAGGGUUAUAUUAG